GUGCCCGUCCCGCGGUACCGGCGGGGUGCGGCUGCGGUCCGUGUUGGUCAGUAGGGAUAGAGAAUGGUUGCCUGGGGAAGACAGCACUGCUGUGUUGGCAGAAUACAGCACGUUUUAUUGAGAUUCAGGAUUGCUUUCCCAGUCCUUCUACUUCAUUUGUUCUUGGCUACAGCAGGCAAAGAUCAGGAGGAUUUCCUAGGACUAUAUAAAGCGGUCUUUAAGACUGAAUGUGAAGAACCUUGGAUUAUGUCACCAAGAAUUUCUCUGCUUUCUUUGAAAGAAUUCACUGUCUGUGUGCACCUCAAGCUCAAUUCUUCCAAUAGUCCCUGGAUAGCGUAUGUAUACAACCAAGAGACAACUAACAGCAAUCCCUCUGCAAAUAAGCAUGACCUUGGACUUAGCGGAGAUCGUGGUAACUUGAGGAUCUGGUUGUUUGGAAAUCAGAUAAAUACAACAGUGGCGAUGCUUCAGGAAAACAUCUGGCACCAAAUAUGUACCCAGUGGAAAAGUGAAGAUAAGGAAGUGAAGCUAUUCAUAAAUGGAAAAAAAAGACUAAAUGAAAAACUAAUUAGAAAUAUGUCUCUCCCUGGAAAAGGGCAGUUCUUACUUGGCUGCUCAAAACUGCCAGGUACAGCUACAUCACCUAAUCAGGGUAUGACUGGGGAGCUGUACAUGUUCAGAAUGUGGGAUAAAGCAAAUAUAAAUCUUGGCAAGCACUGCAGAGAUGGUAGUAUUGUACGCUGGAGAAAGGAGGAUUGGAUGUUUAAUAAGACAGUAGAAAAGGACAACUCUUUGCCAUGUGUUACAGAGGAAACCACCAGACCUGCAGAAUCAUCAACUGCAACAUCCACUUCUGAGAUGACUUCAGAUGAUGCUGCAGAAAGCACAGAAAUUCCUGACCUCACUGUCUAUUACUCCACUGUAGCACCAGCUGGAGAAACCAUUUUAUGCAAUGUAUCAUCUGUCUGUAAUUAUUCAGUGUUCUAUGUGGGCAAGGUAGAACUUCAUCCAAAAGAAGAAAGUAACACAUCAUUAAAUAUAGAAGUAAUUAAUAACAAAACCGUUGACAAUCAAGUUUCAGGCUUUAUUCCAAUUCCAGCCUCAACCUUACAAGAACUGAGAAUAUCAGAGCUCAACAAAACCUUGCAAGAAAUGAGUGAGUCAUCCGUUUUGGAAUGCAGUUCAGAAAACCAGAGUACACACUGCAAUUUCAUAAUAAAGCUGGAUAAGAAAGGGAAUAUAAGCAGUUUAGAAGAGAAAGAAGAAAUAGACAAAAUUCAACAGUGCUGCUGUUCAUCACUGAGGUAUUGUUCCUUGACUGCUGAAGAAUUAAAAAUGUAUACUAUAGAAUUGCCGCCUCAUCCCAUAUGGAUUCCAUCUUCUCAUUCUCCUCCUCAUAAAAAGAGUGCUUUCUCUUCCCUCAAAUCUAGUGCUUUUCUUUCCCCCACUGUGGUUUCUGCAAAACGAACACCCCCAAUUAGACCACUGAUCCCCCCAUUCACAGAAAAUUCAUUUUCUGAAACCCUCUCCACAUCUUCCACUGCAAAUCCUCUCUCUGAAACUUUUACCACUACAACUUCUUUGUCUGCCACUACUGAUACCACUACAUAUUCCUCUACUGAGUCUUUUGCUCAGCAAAUCAUGGCUACUUUUCCCUCCAUAGCUUUUAAUAAAUCUGUCACUACAGUUCUCUCUUCCAUACCUGCAACAAAAUCUAUUUCCAAUGUUGCUCUCUCAAUUAAAUCUGAUGCUACAUAUAUUAGCAAACCUAUCACAAUAAUUUCUCCUGCUGUAAAUUUCACUAAACCUUCUGCAGUUUCCCCUUCUGAGCUUCCUCCCAAACCUCCAAUAGCAAUUCCACCUUUUGAAACUACCACCAGCUCUUUUGCACAGAUUCCUCUUUCUACAGAUUCAACCCAACCCAUUUCUGAUAACAGAAACAUUACUACAGCACCUGUUCUUCCCCUUACUCCUUUCUCAAUAACCCCUACUGUUAGUCCUGUCAAACAUUCUGUCUCAGCAUCUCAUCCUCAUUCUACUGCUGGUGGCCAUGGUAGCCUGCCGAACGGAAGCACAGGAAAGAUACUGUCAGCUACCACAUACACAACUUCCAUAUAUACAACCAUUAAUGUUACCACAGCUGAGCAAAUUGUAUCCAAAAUAGAAAAAGAUUUAGCAGCUGGAAAAGUAGAGUCAAAAGAUGUAGAACGGAUGGUGAAUGAGGUUAGCAGUGUUCUCACAGCUUCUCAACAACUACCACCCCAAAUUUCUAACAGAAUUAUAAAAGUAGUGGAUUAUAUUGGCUUAAAACUGAACUUUUCAACAAUGUCUGCUGAUUUUUCCUCCCCAUCCUUGGCUCUGGCAGUUGUCAAAACCAAUAGCAUCCGUUCCAACCAAAUGUCUUUUGCUGUCCAGGAUUCAUCUGAUCUCCAGAUCUCUCUUGGCCCUAAUGCAGUCCAUGACUUAAAUAAUCUUGGAUCAAUUACACUUCCUUCAUCACUGCUCACCAACUUACCUCCUGAAGAGCUGGACUUGGCUUCUAGAAUUAUUUUCAAUUUCUUUAAAAAGACUAGUGUGUUCCAGGAUCUGUCCUUGAAGAAUGCAUCUUUAAUCAGCGGUGUUAUAUCAUCAAGUGUUGCUAACCUCACAAUUAGCAACCUGAAGGCAAAUGUGACUGUUACUUUACAGAACAUCAGACCUAAUCAGGAUAAUUCAACAGUUAGAUGUGUUUUUUGGGACUUCAAUAAAAAUGGUGGACAUGGUGGCUGGUCAUAUGAAGGUUGCAUUGUUAAAGAAAGUAGAGUAAAUGAAACAGUUUGUUCAUGCAACCACCUCACAAGCUUUGCAGUUUUGAUGAAUUUGUAUGGAAAUACUCCUCUAAGUCCUACUCAAGAAUUGGUACUGACUUUUAUAUCCUAUAUAGGCUGUGGCCUGUCUGCAAUUUUUCUUUCUAUUACUCUUGUGACUUACAUAGCUUUUGAGAAAAUCCGGAGAGACUAUCCGUCCAAAAUAUUAAUCCAGCUGUGUGCUGCACUACUUCUACUCAACCUGGUUUUCCUCCUUGACUCAUGGAUUGCAUUGUAUAACACACCAGGCCUAUGCAUUUCAGUUGCUGUAUUUCUUCACUAUUUUCUGUUGGUUUCCUUUACCUGGAUGGGCCUAGAAGCUUUCCACAUGUAUCUUGCACUUGUGAAAGUCUUUAAUACCUACGUACGGAAAUACAUUCUUAAGUUUUGCAUUGUUGGUUGGGGGUUACCAGCAGUAGUUGUGGCUAUUGUGUUGGCAGUAUCACCAGAUAAUUAUGGACUUAUAUCCACUGGGAGAGUUUCAAAAACCAGACCUGAUGAAUUCUGCUGGAUUAAAAAUAGAAUUGUCUUCUAUAUUACUGCUGUGGGAUACUUCUGUGUGAUAUUCCUGAUCAAUAUCAGCAUGUUCAUUGUUGUGCUGAUCCAGCUGUGUCGCAUAAAAAAGAAAAAACAACUUGGUGCUCAGAGAAAAACAAGUAUUCAAGACCUUCGGAGUGUUGCUGGCCUCACAUUUUUGUUGGGAAUUACUUGGGGAUUUGCUUUCUUCACAGUAAAUGAGGUUUUUACUUACCUCUUUACCAUCUUUAACACUUUGCAAGGGUUCUUCAUUUUCAUCUUCUAUUGUGUAACAAAGGAGAAUGUCCGUAAGCAGUGGAGAAGAUAUCUGUGUUGUGGAAAAUUCAGGCUAGCUGAAAACUCUGACUGGAGCAGAACUGCUACUAAUGGUUUAAAGAAGCAGACUGUAAACCAAGGGGUAUCCAGUUCUUCCAAUUCCUUGCAGUCAAACAGUAACUCCACUAAUUCUACAACAGUGCUAAUGAAUAAUGAUUAUUCAGUGCAUGCAAAUGGGAAUGGCCAUCUUUCCGGUGAGAAGAAUGGUGUUUCUUUCAGCGUGCAGAAUGGUGAUGUGUGUCUUCAGGACUUUUCAGGCAAACAACUUGUAUUUCAAGAAAAGGAUGACACUGGCAGCCCAAAUAGCCGUAUCUCACUUAGAAGGACUUCAAACAGGGGAAGCUUACCUUCUGCUGAGAAAAUGUGAUUUCCUUUUGAACGGAACACUGUUUUACAGUAUGAAGUAGAGAUUUACUUCAACAGUUUUACAUAAUGUGAGAAGACCAAAGACUGAUUUUAUUUAAUAUAUUGUCUUGAAACUUCCAGGCAGCCAUGUAAUGGCUUCACAACGACAAUUAUUAAUUGGAAAAAAAAAUGGGGAGGAAGCUCCUGUUCUGACAAGGUAUUUCGGAUGUCGAAUUACAGCUGGCACGUUUCUAUUUUGAUUCUUCAUUAGAGAUAUUUGAGGAUUUUUACGCUUAAAGUUUUAUUUUUUUUUUAGUACAAUUAAGUAUCUGGAUAUAAUGCAUAGUAGUAUUGUAUAAAUGUAGGAAAUUACAACUUGUGUGUUAACUUUAAAAAUGUUAGCUAUACUGUCUUCAACUUUUUGUAUGUUAGAGUUGCAGGUUAGUGCUGUACAUAAGGAGGAGAAUGCCAGCCUUUAAAUAUCUUAGUGGUAGUUUUAUAUUUAUUUCUUGUAAUAUAAAUUUAAAUAUUCUUUUGUAUAGAAAAAUAAUUGAUAUUUUGUUUUAACUUUUAUUGUACUUCGCAUUUGUCUUUAAUUGAAAUAAUUAACAGAAUGAUACAGAAGUUAAUGUGUUCAGUUAGUGAAACCACUUACUGUGGUCUGCCAGAGACAGAACUGUAUAUGUGAACACCAUUAUUUUUUAAUCCUUAGUGUCCUCUUUCACUGCAACACAGAGAGGUAGAGAAACUGGGUGUCAUCAAAGUAGAGCACUAAGAAUGAGGGAGUGAUGAAUAAAGUCACCUGUAAGUUAUUAAAUGUAGCUAAGUUAUCUUAGUAGCUGGACUAAGUUGGUGGGAGCUUUUGCCAUUGAUUUCACCAGGUUCAAUAUUUUAUCUUGAGUUCCAAGUAUUAAACACACUGCCAUUUCUCAUCUACAGUGAUUUUAAAAAGAAAAAAAAAAGUGUUACUUUUUUUGAAUAAAAAGAAUACAGAAAAUAAUGCUGUUAUAUUUAGUAGCCUAGUAAAUUGUUUGUUUUGUUGUGUGGCUAUUUUUAAGGGGCAGCUCUUGAGCAGUUACAAUCUAUUUCUGCUCGCAUUUUGGUCCUUCUUUGGCAAACCAAAUUCUGAGGCCCCACCUCAGUUACUUCCUGAAUCAUCAUCUAAUUUCCUCUGUGAUAUUUCUCUGAAAAAGGUGGAUUUUUGGCUCCUCAUACGCAACAGUCAGAAGAAAAUAGAGCCCAUACAACACUGUGAAGAUUUCUGAACAGUGUGAGCAGAGGUUGUGCCUACUUCUUAGACAAGUGUGCAGUUGUGACUUUCUUUUGCUCCGUGGGUUCUUGUGGAAAGGUUGGAUAGUGCCAGAGCAAACGCCAGUGCCGCACUGCAGAGUGCCAACCCUUGGAAAGGGGCUUUCUGAGGCAGGUGCACACUGGGUGGGAGAAAGAGUUCUGCUUUCCCAGAGGACUCAGUAAGGAUCUCUGGAAACACUUCUCAACAAAGUACAUCGGUGGAACACAUUUCUGGGGCUCUGGUGCAGUUGUUGAACCAAAUUACUAAACACUCAUGAGGUUCUAAAUGCAGUGCCUGGAUUCUUUUGGUCACCUAUGCCUGAGACUGUGCAGAAUAUGCCUUUAAAGUGAGAAUUCAAAGCAUUUGUUGUGUUUAUCCACAAGGUUUUAACUGCAUGUUAAUAAAAGAAAGUACUGGAAUGCUAGUAGCUAGAGUGCUUUUAUGUGAAUGCUUUAACUGUUGGCGAAUUGCCUUUGCACUGUUUCUUGUAAAUUUAUUUAAUGUUUGUGUAUUUAUAUU